GUCUGUAAGGAUGAGAUGGACACGUCUGUCAUUGAUCAGCAAGUGCAGGGUGCCAAGAAGCUCAUUGACAAAUGUGAAGGGAGGUACUUCAUCCUCCACAAUGACUCAGAUGUAACGGCGCUACUGCAGAAGAUAGAGGAUAUGGUGGAAGAGAAUCGUGGAGAUUUCUUGAUACCCCAAGUCUACUAUGAGGAAUUUGAGAAGAGAAUGCCAAGUGGGACUGCAGAGCAAACUGAGACGUAUGAGAAGAGAGAGGAGGAGCUCAAGCAACACUACAGAAGAAAAUGUGAGAAGAUGGAACUGGAUUUCAGAGAACAACUUGGGAAACUGGAGCAGGAAAUAAAUGACUAUAAAACAGGGGGAACAAUGAGGAGGAGUGCCAGCAAAGAAUUAUUACCUCCAUGGAUGGCUGAGACUAGCCAGGGUAGAACUGCAGUCGAGCGUCAGGAUUCUGUUAAAGAGAUGGUUGCAGAAAAUGAAGCGAUGCAGUCAAUGAGGCGUGGUUAUCUGGAAGAGGUCAUGACAAUUCUGAGAUAUUACUCAAAGCCAUUUGGGGUCGUAAUGAUGGCCUUCAUCGGGGCUCUUGUAGGGGCAAUUGUUGGGGCAACUGAUGGAGUACAAGGAUCGGCUGUUGGUGCGAUAUCUGGAAGUACGAUUGGUGUCUUGUUGGCCAUAUUAUACAUCAGAGCAACCAGGUUUGUGAUGGGCAGUGGGAGAGUAGCUUUUUUCGUUGAAGGUGGAGACCAAACAUCUGUACGGAGUGAUUCAUCUUGUUCUUCUAAAUCAGCUGAAAAAAACGUAAAAAGCAGUAGGUCUAACUGCUAAUGGAUUUAACAUUUCUGUAUAUAAAGUCAACAAUAGAAGACUUUUAAUAUCUUCAAGUCAUGCAAAAAGUGCUGAAAGUGCAAUUAAUCUGUACACUACAAAAUCACUAGUCAGCCUUUUUUUCUGUGUUUUCCACCUAAUUUGGAGUGCAAGCUUUUCAUUCUCAUCCUUCUACAUCGCUGUUUGAGCCCUUGUACCUCCAUUUUGUACUCAACUUGUUAUAAGACGCAGAUUUAUUUAAUAUCAAAUGGAAGAGCAUAUCCCAAUAUCCACCAGUUGACAUAACAUCGUUUAUAAAACAUAUUACACUGUAUUGACCCAAGGGCUGCUCAAGGUUUGUGUUUUUAAAUCAAUGUAAUAGUGCCCCUACUGCAAACACCAUAUGAUGUGAGGCAGUAGCAAACCAGCCUUUUAAAGGGAGCCUCAAUAAGUGUUUUAUUUGUCUAUUUUCUAUCUGUCAAGGAACACAAUGUUACAGUAUAAAUCAAAACAUGCUGCAGUUAUCAUCUGAAACUUAUCAAGCUCAUCAGUGUUUUGUUAAGUGGAAGUGACACAUUUUUUACAAACUUUGAAGAACUCUACAAGCAGUGUAACAUUUCAAUUUCAAAUUUCAAUUUUAUUUAUAUAGCGCCAUAACAAUACAAUUGUCUCAAGGCGCUUUACGAA